AUGACCGGACGCGGAGGCGGCGGUGGUCGCAGGGUAUUGCUCCCGCCUAUCAACUUUAUCUUCAAGCUUCUCCAGCAACACAGCACUGUUCAGAUUUGGCUCUACGAGCAGCUGUCGAUCCGAAUCGAAGGAAAGAUCAGGGGUUUCGACGAAUUUAUGAACCUCGUCAUCGACGACGCGGUUGAAGUUAAGCAGGUUACUAAGACGAACCCAGAGGAGAAGCGAAGAGCGUUGGGGCAAAUAUUGUUAAAGGGCGACAAUGUGUCGCUAAUCCAAAGUCUAUCGAACUAA